AUGACUGGAAGAAACCAAACUACUAUUACAGAGUUCCUCCUCCUGGGUCUACCCAUCCAACCAGAGCAAAAACACCGCUUCUACAUCCUGUUCCUGGCAAUGUAUCUUACCACUGUCCUGGGGAACCUCCUCAUCAUUGUUCUCAUUCUACUGGACUCCCAUCUCCAUACACCCAUGUGUUUGUUUCUCAGUAACUUGUCCUUCUCUGACCUCUGCUUUUCCUCUGUAACUGUACCUAAACUGUUGCAGAACAUUCGGACACAAAUAUCUUCCAACUUCUAUGCAGGUUGCCUGACCCAAAUGUAUUCCUUCAUGUUUUUUGCUGACCUGGGGAGCUUCCUCCUUGUGGCUGUGGCCUAUGACCACUAUGUAGCUAUCUGUUUCCCCCUGCACUACAACAGCAUCAUGAGCUCCAUGCUCUGUGUGUGCCUGGUGGUGCUCUCCCAGGUGCUGACCACAUUCCAUGCCAUGUUGUACACAUUGCUCCUCACUAGAUUGUCUUUCUGUGGGGACAACCUCAUCUUCCUCUUUUUCUGUGAUUUGUCUGCCCUUGUGAAGCUGGCAUGGUCUGACACUUAUGUUAAUGAGUUGGUGAUAUUAAUUAUACGAGGGCUCAUUGGCGUCAUUCCAUUCUUCCUCAUCAUUGUGUCCUAUAUAAGAAUUGUUUCCUCCACCUUCAAGGUCCUUUCUGUUGGCAGCAUCCAUAAGGUCUUCUCCACCUAUGGUUCUCAUCUGUCUGUGGUUUCACUGUUCUAUGGGAUGGGUGGUAUGCUUUACUUAAGUCCAUUAGAUAAUAAUUCACCUGUUAAAGAGAUUGUCAUGGCUGUGAUGUACACGGUGGUGACUCCCAUGCUGAACCCUUUCAUCUACAGCCUAAGGAACAGGGACAUGCAUGUCUCCCUGAGAAGAGUCUUUUGUAAAAUGAAACUUCCGUUUUGUUUAUAUGGUAACACUUGGGAAUGUUAA